AUGAGUUUGACAGCCAAAUAUGGUUGUCUGGUAGAAACCAGUACUGUGGCUUAUGCAACACUGCCCCCAGAUGACCAGCUGAGAAUCCUGGAGCUGCAGCAGAAUGGAGACAUGGACGUCCUGAAGCUGAAGUGGUGGCCUCGGGACAGCCCCUGUGACCUGUACAGUUCAGUCCAGACUCGACGCAGUGGGGCCGCUCUGGACAUCCACAGCUUUGCCGGGGUCUUCUGUGUGCUGGCGGCCGGAGUGCUGCUGUCCUGCCUCAUCGCUAUGGUGGAGAGCUGGUGGUCCAGACGCAAAGGCUCCCGCGUCCCUUCUAAGGAGAAUCAGAGCUCUGGGACGGGCAACGCCACCGGGCCUGUCCCCUCGCGCUACCAGCCCCCCAGCUGCUGCGACAUCCCCUGCGCUCUCAUUGUGCAGCACUCCUACGAGCCCUCCAAUCCCUCUGAGAUCACCCCCAAAAUGAGAAUGAGCACCUUCACCACCUCGCCCCCCACCCCCAGGUUAUACAUUCAGUAG